AAAUCCAAACCAUAAGCUUUGUGUUGAUCACGAAAGUUUCUAUUAAGUGUUUCAAAUAUUAUAAUUUUGUUCGUAAAUUAUUGUAUUGUCAAUUUUUUUGUUUGUAACAGUUAUUAAUAAUAAUUUGUAAUUUAAUUUUCUAAAAUGAGUGAGAAGAAAAAAAUAACUAAUAAAAACAAUACCAAAUCACACCGAGCUGGUUUAACAUUUCCCGUUGCACGUGUACAACGUAUAUUGAAAAAAGGCAAUUAUGCCAGCCGAAUUGGUAGUGGCGGUUCAGUUUAUUUGGCAGCAGUUUUGGAAUAUCUUGCAGCGGAAAUCCUAGAAUUAUCUGGAAAUGCUGCAAGAGAAAAUAAAAAACUACGAAUUGUUCCACGUCAUCUACAAUUGGCCAUAAGAAAUGAUGAGGAAUUGAGUAAAUUAUUGGAACAUGUUACAAUUGCUCAAGGAGGAGUCUUGCCAAAUAUUUUACCAGUACUCUUGCCAAAGAAUAGCUCAGCUCAACCGCCAUCUUCUCAACAUAUUUAGAGAGAAAAGCAAAUAAUUAUUUUGUUUAAAUUCGAAUUCGUCCUUAUAAG